GGUACUACAUAGUGAACAUACUGGAUAUCAUAACUUAACUAUAACUACCUAGUACCUAGUUUAUGUAUCGAUUGAGACUAAAUAGGCAAAAAAAAAACAAUAUUUUUGAAAUAACGUGAUUACACGAAUUCCUGAAGUUUAGUUUUUGGGUUAGCACUUGCCACUUUGCCAUCAACGAUCAUUACAGAAUAGCAUGAGUGACAAUGAUGAGGAUGGUCCACCAGCAAAGAGACAAAAGAUGGAAGAGCAAGAUGAAGAAUCUAAAUAUUGUGGGCCGAAUGAAAAACAGCAGAGUGAAUUGACAGAAGACACUUUUGCGGGGAAAGAUGACUCCACGAUGGAGGACAAAUGUAGCAAUCUAGUCACACAAGAAGAACUUGAAAAAUUAAAGGAAUUUAAAAUCCUUGAUGAGGCCAAGAGUGAUGAUGAGAAUAGCAGUAAUGAUUCUGAAGAGUCUGAUGGUAUAUCGGAGGAGGAGAUAGAGAAGAUGUUGGAAAAGGACUUGCCCGAAGACUUUAAGGCAACACCGAAACCUAAAGAAAAACAAUACGUGCUGCGCUCCAAAAUCGUACUAGAAGAGAAAGGCACCGACCCGUUCGAGCUGCUCCCGCUAGACUGGAUCUGUGUUCGACACGCGAGCGGCCUACCCAUAUACAUGCACCGCCCCACACGGGUCGUGACCUUCGCCAAGCCCUACUGUCUCGGCAAGAGCAAUAUUCAGCGACACGAUAUACCGAUUAGUGCAAUCCCUUGCCUAGCUUACAGAAAAGCUCUGGAAGAGGAAGAAAAACAAAAGGAAAUUGAUAAAAAAAUACAGGAGCAAGUUGAGAAGGCAAAUUAUAAACUAAAACAGGCUAGUGCCAGUAACAAAGGAAAGGAAAUAAAUUCUAAAGGAAACCUUAAAAAUAGAUGUCCAUUCACUGGUGCACUUGGAAGUAAAACCGAAUGUAGAAAGUACCAGAACAAUAAUAUCAAAAAAAAUUACGAAUGUGAUCGAAGUUCAUUUUCUGAAGAUAUAUUUUGUAAUGAGGCGAGCAAUAACAAAGAACAGAUCAGUAGCGAAAAAACUGAAAAUAAACGCGAUACAUAUAUUAAUGAUACAGCUAAUAAUAUCCUAGAAAAUGUUGCGCUUUGUAAAGAAGUAACAUCAAAGGAAAAUUGUAAAAAAUACAUUAGUAGUGAAAAAUAUAAUUUGUGUGAUACUAAGAGCAUUAGUUCUGACAAAAAAAUUGACAUGGCAAUUGAUUUUAAAUCAAAUAAAGAUGACAAAGGAACUAUAGCUGAACCAAAGUCUAAUAUUGAUGACAAUACCAAUGCAGAUGAGAAAUGUCAUAGUGGUGAUGGUAAAAAUGCAAUUGAGAAAUGCAAUAUUGGUGAUAAUACAAAUGCAGUUGAUAAAUUGAAUAGUGAUAACAAUACAGAUGCAACGGAGAAACCGAAUAGUGAAUCAAAAUGUAAAAGUGAUGAUGAUGAUGUGCUUCCUCUGCACAUGCAGCCUGUGAUACUUCCGGGAGGCGUAGCCAUGCCCCCGCCCAGGGUCGAGAACGUCAGUACUAGUUGGAAAACGCAGCAUCUGACAUACGAACAAAUCAAUGAUUACUGCAAGAGGUUGUUCAAGUUCAAAACAGUUGUAGUGACACAUUUCAAGCGCUGGGUGGACAGACGUAACUACACCAAGGCUCGCAAGGCGCUCCAGUAUCCUACACUGCUCGAGGGCACCAAGCUCAUCACGAUACCCAACACUGGCAAGGAGAAUGGCAAGGGUAAGCGCGACUGGGUGAUGAAUAUGAACGGGCGCUGCUACCUGUCCGUGUUCCACGAGUACGUGUACCGCGCUCUACAGAAGCAGCCUGUUUACGAGUUCACGCAGCUGGAGAACGCGUCCAACCCGUAUCAGGCGACGGUGUACAUCGGUGACAUGCAGUAUGGCGUUGGUUACGGCAGCAGUAAACGCCAGGCCAAAGCCAACGCUGCGCGCAGCUCCAUCCAGAUACUCAUCCCCGAGAUGAGCGAAGAGGGCGCUGCGCCCAGUAAUGACGAACCGGACUUCACCUUCUUCAACUACGUGGGCGUGGAGGACCCGCGCGUCAGUGAAUUCUGCGCUGCCACGUGCGAGCCUUCUCCGCACGCCAUCUUGCGCACGUGUCUGCUGCGGAACUUCGGCGCCAACGACCGACACAUCGCCGUUGAGAUGAAGAAGCUGGAGUUCCAGAAGAUCCAGCUAACCAUGAAGGUGGGCAAGCACAGCGCAACCGUCGUGUGCAAGAACAAGAAAGCGGCCAAGCAACGCGCCUCGCAGGCCAUCCUGCAGUCGCUACACCCGCACAUCCGGUCGUGGGGCUCGCUGCUACGCAUGUACGGCUCGCGCUCCAUCAAGAGCUGCAAGGAGAAGAAGCUGGAGGAGCAGCAGAUCACGCUGCUGCAGGACAAGGCGCGCCGCAACGAGCCCAACCACGCCGUGCUGCAGAAGCUGCGGGACGAGAUGACCAAGCUGCGCCAGCGAGACGAGUCCGUCGUGCCCAUCGGGACGCUCAUGUUGACCGAGCAGCUGCCCACCCACUCUGGCUCCAAUCUUAACAACGUGCACCUCUAGACUAAACCUGAUCAUGUCAGAACUUCCACACGUGCUCUUGGUAAGCAAUAUCACUUGUGAGCUCAAAUAGUAGCUCUGAGUGUAUUUGGCCCUAGCGACCAUAGACUAUAGACUGACAAAUCAUGCAAGAGAGAAGAUUUUCUCUAACGGAGAAACAGCAUGAUAGAAAAAGAAAGCGAAUCUUUUGUGAUUGAAACCGAUUUUGAUUGACAGGUCGUAAACAUAAUUAAUUGAAUUAGGCAUUAUUUUAAGGAAAUCCAUAAUAAUCCAAAUGUUUUCUUGAAUGUUAAUUACGCAUAGAUUUGUCUUCGAUACGUGUAUCGCCUCUACAAGAAGCAUCCCCGAGAGAUGUUGACUCGCCGAAUAGGUCAGUUUCAACUAUCAAAAUUAAAUUAUGAAAAUAUUUAUACAGCUUUUCCCAUAAGAAAUACGAAUUUAAUAGUAAUUUGUAGUAAUUUGUAAUAAGAACAAGAAUUAUUUAUUUUUUCAAAAUGUAAAACACAGUUAUAUUAUCUGUAUGUCAAGUGAAGGAAAACGCAGACCACAUUUUGUGACGUCACUAUAGCAGAAACAAUUUGUUUUUGGCAACACACCAACGAUACUGACUGCUACCGCCCUACUGAUUUUUAGAAAAAUCAAUAGGGAUCGCACUGAACAUUUGACGUUUAUGUUGUUACGACGUCACGGCUCCCAUUUUGGCGCGACUAUUUUUUGUUUAAUUUUUAAACAUUUUUUCUUAGCAUAAAGUGGUAUUAUUUUGAGGAAAUACAAAUACCAGUUGGCUUUCGAAUCUUUACGAUCAUUUUUGAACAUAUUAAAAAAAAUCGAAGAUUAGACAAUUCUGGCACGACACUGAAUUGCAUUGAAUGAGCCGGAAACUGCUCUUUUAUGCCCUCGUCGCAUAAUUGGCGAGCUAUGAUUGGUUGGUUGUUGUGACGUAUAACCCCUAUAAAAGAUACGUAACAAUGGUGAAUAGACCAAAUUUGUUUGUUCAUUCAAAAGUGUAAACAUGUUAAUUGUUCCAACACAUUAAGCGAAAUCCUCUUUCACAGGUAUUUAAAAUAAUAUAUUACUUACCAAUAAUUGUUUCCGUGGAAGUGACCGGUGUCAAGGCCGAAUUCCACCAACGGACAUUACGUUAAAAUGCUAAAUACCACACCAAUCAAGUUGAUGUCUGGCAUUCCACAACCGCCCGUUUGAAAGAUAUUUCUUGCCUCGCACAGCCACUUUGUGGAAUCAAUUACCUGCUGCUGUUUUCCCAAACCGAUACGACUUACGAUGCUUUAAGAAAAGAGCAUACAUAAAGUGGGACUUUAAAGGCCGGCAACACAUCUCUUGAACCUUGGUUUUUGCGGAUGUCCAUGGGCGGCGGCCUCUCACUCCCCAUCACGUGAGCAUCUUGCCUGUUUGCCUCUUCUUAUAUAAAAAAAACAACAAAAGUUGGUGUGUUUUAUUUUUACCUCAUUAGUUUUUAUGUCUUAUGCAUUAGUUUUGUGCUUCUAUAUCAGUUACGUUAUAACCUAGUUUACCUUUGGGAGGCUCCUUUGCAGAGGAAGCCGGCUAGGUUAUGGGUACCACAACGGCGCCUAUGUCUGUCGUGAAGCAGUAAUGUGUAAUUAUUAAUUAAAACAUUACUGUGCUUCGGUCUGCAGGGCGCCGUAGCUAGUGAAAUUACUGGGCAAAUGAGACUUAACAUCUUUUGUCUCAAGGUGACGAGCGCAAUUGUAGUGCUGCUCAGAAUUUUUGGAUUUCAAGAGUCCUGAGCGGCACUGCAUUGUAAUGGGUAGGGCGUAUCAAUUACCAUCAGCUGAACGUCCUGCUCGUCUCAUCACUUAUUUUCAUUAAAAAAAAACCUACCUGUAUUUGUAAAACAGACGAAAUUCCGUCAAACGGAGUCGUAAUGUAACUUCAAAUUGGAUGGUCCCUAAAUAAACUCUCAAACUGAUUCCUAUUAUAUUUCAUAUCAAUAACUUAUUUUAUGAUUUGUAUCUAAUAAUAAUCUCAUCGUCCGUCGUUAGACUGUUUCAAGGAUAAAGGCAUCGCAAUUAUUAGAGAUAAUAAGAGAAUAAUAUUGUAAAGAUAAUGGAUCAGAAUAAAGGAUUGUAAAAUAAUAGAAAAAAA